ACAGAGGAGCUGGACACUGAAGGGCGCAGUAUUCUAAGCUGGUUUAUUCACUUGGAGUCAUAAAAGGUAACCAGAAAUUCAGGGUGUUAGCGAGGAUGCCCUUUCCUUUCUGCCUUUCGAAACAACAGACCUAAUUUAGUGAUCCUGACUACAGAGCAGUGUGAAGAGUUAAUUACGUUACAUCAGAGAUUUCCGGCGGCGGAUCGGCUUCUAAUGAUAGUUUCAAUAAGUAGUUUUUAACAAAGAGCAGAAACCUCGAGACCCACCCCCUGCUUAGUAAGGAAAGCAAAAUCUGGCCAAGUUCUCCGUCCCAGUACUCCGCGUUGGAAGCCCAACGGUCCCGCCCCUCACGGAGCCGCGUCACUGCGCGUGCGCAAGCUGCUGUCACGCGCCCUGAAGGCGGCCCGGAAGAAAAAAGGCGGGAGCCACCAAUCCCCGGUGGUGUAAAAUGGCGCUGGGAGAUGAGAUGCUGGAAUUCACGCGCAGCUUCUUCCGAGGUUGCCCUGACCUCAGCACGGUUACGCACUCCAUUGUACGACAGAAAUUUUUGACCCAUGUGGGCCGGGAUCACCUUGAACCUGAGGAGAAGCAGGCGUUGAAGCGGCUGGUGGAGGAAGAGCUGCUGAAGAUGCAGGCGGAUGCUGGUACCAGAGAAGGAAAGCUAGACUUUACCAAAGUGAAGAGGUCUCCUGCUCCCUGCAGUGACCCAGAGAGAAAAAGGUCUCGCUUCAAUUCAGAGUCAGAUUCCAGCUCUACAUCAUCCAGUCCAGACUGCUCAGGACCCCCCAGAAAGAACAGCACAACAAAGGAGAAGCCAUGUUUGAAGAGAGCCUUAAAUAAAGCAGUUGAGAGCAAAAAGGAAGAACAGCAAACAGACCUGGUUGUCAAGAUGAGACUAGAGGAGAGCAGUGACGAGGAAGGGGAGGGCUCUGUCAGAUCAAAUAAGGUCUGGGAAGAAGAGGACACUGAGGAAGAUGAUGAUGUGAAAAAAGAACAGAAGGGCAGGUCUAAAAAGAAAGCUGGGGCCAAGAACAAGCAAACACCAAGCAGGGCCUCAGACAAUCAGAAGCAGGUCAGCGAAGAAAGUGAUAGUGAGGAAGAAGCCAUGCAGGGUAGAGCAAAGGUGAGGAAAAGCGCAGGUACUAAACGCCACAAGGAAAGUGAAGACAGCGAGGAGGAGACCCUAGCCAAGAAGAAAGAGCACAGGGAACCCAGACCCAGGAGCAACAAAGGGGAGAGAAUGAGCUAUAAGCAGAAAAACAGGGUUGGGAGGCUAACUGGAGGCUUGGGAGACAGCGAGGAAGAGAAGGAAAGGGGGGCAGUAAGUAGUGGGGACAGCAGCGGGACGGAAGACGAGAGCUCAUCUAAGAGAAAGAGCCAGGACAAGAUUCAGGCUGAGAAUGGGAGAAGGCCGAGUGCAAGCAGUGAGGAUGGGGAAAGCAGCACACAAGAGCUAACAGCUGCUCCAGGCACUGCCAAGACAGGCACAGUAGGCUGCGUUAAUAGUGAGAGUGACAUGGAGAGGGAAGUGAGCGACUCUCGGGCAGGAGAGAGCACCAAAGAGGAAAGGAAGAACCGCUCUUCCAAGAAGAGCUCCAAGAAAGGCAAGGCACGAAGUUCCUCAUCAGAUUCAAGUCCAGAACCCACAAGUCAGAAGGUUGGGUCUCGUCACCGAAGAGAGGACCAUCCAGCUGUGGUGAGACUAAAGCGUUAUAUUCGGGCUUGUGGUGCCCAUCGAAACUACAAGAAGCUGCUGGGUUCCUGUCGCUCCCACAAGGAGUGCCUGAGUGUCCUCAGGGCUGAGCUGGAAGCACUUGGCAUGAAGGGCAAUCCUUCCUUGGAGAAGUGUCGGGCCCUGAAGGAGCAGCGGGAAGAAGCAGCUGAGGUGGCUUCCUUGGAUGUCGCCAAUAUCAUCAGCAGUUCAGGUCGACCGCGAAGACGGAAUGCCUGGAACCCUUCAGGGGAAGGAAUCCCCCCAGGGGAGCUUUAUCGCAGAGCUCUGGACUCAGAAGAGGAGAGGCCACGCCAAGCACCUCCAGACUGGUCUCAUAUGCGGGGCAUCAUCAGCAGUGAUGGUGAGAGUAGCUGAACUCCAUGUCCCAGGAUGGACCUUACCCUGUUAUACAAGAGCCUGUGGCACUGAAGCAGCUUUCAAAAAGACUAUUCCCCCAGGGACCUAUGUUGUUGGCACAGUUCUCAAUUUCAUGCUCUCUAAGGUGGUUUGGGGGGUUUAUGGUUCUUUGUUUGUUUUGGUUUUAGAGUCAAUAAAGUAAUGUUUGUAAUUACUUCA